AUGAGGCAAGUCCCAGUGGGAGUUCUGUACGACCUCCUGACAAGCGAUCACGAGCAGCCCUGGCGACUCACUGUCCACUUCCGAGCUUUUCCAUCAGAUGUCUUGCUCAGAUGGGAUGGGGACUCCAGCUUGAGGGCAGCCUACUUCAAUUCCCUGAAGGAAGCUGCAUACAUCUGUCAGGGCAGCGCCCGCGGCGUCAUGGACAUGGCCCUGCAGGCUCAGAAUGACAUGUGGAAUGCUGUCACAGCGGGGGAUGCAGAGCAGUAUGCAUCCGUCUGCAGCUCUCUGCUGAUGGUCCCUAAGGCGCGAGGGGAGCGCAGGCCCUCAGUGCCCUUGAGGCUGUACAUCCGACAGUCUCAUGGAGGGUACAUGGCGAGCCUGGACACAGCCACACAGUACACAUCGCGGCCAGUGGAGACGGUGACUGAGACUGGCGCGCUGAGGAGCUUGGGGGAGGUGCUGAGGGAGCUGCUGUCCGCUCUGUGUGCUAAACCAGAAGCCACGAACUCAACAGCUGGCAUUGUCAGCAGCUCCGAGCAGCGAGACAAACUGGAUGGGAAUGCAGCCGAUGCUGAGGGAGAAGUCAAAGGAGAGAUCGUAGAAGCUGUCAGCAGCACAAAUGAAAAGCCUGAGGGGGGCAGUGCUACCAUGCAAGAGAAAGAUCUGCUGGUGAAUGGAAGGCCUGCAGAAGCCCUCAUCAAUGGUGUUUCACCAGACUUGGACGCGCCACUCGCCUGGUGCCAUGCCAAUCUGCACAGCGCAGACUUUUUCUUGUACAUCGUUGUAGCAGUCAGGGAAUGA